AUGAAGCUGUCGUCGAAGCCCACAUCGAGUCCGUGUGGGCCGGAGAAGUAUCCGCCGCAAUUGAUGCGGUUUUUGAGAAGCAAAAGUGCAAGUAGAAGCAGGGGAAGGUCACGUUCCAGCCCAAUGUUCGUUAAAAGAAAGAACGCAGCCAAUGAAAUCCAAGAGCCUUCUUCUCCUAAAGUUACUUGCAUGGGCCAGGUUCGUGUCAAACAAACCCGUUCGAAAUCCGGUCCACCGGGCAACGGCCGCUUCAAGUGGAUCGCCGAUGCUCUGUUUUGCCAUAGUUUCACCGGGAAAGUCAAAGUCAAGCCUCUUGUUACACCCCAGGAGAAAUGGGGAAGGUUCUUUUUCGGCUCUUGUAUAAAACCCAACGCUAGAGAAGAUUUAUCGAAAAUAGAAGGAAAUGAAGAGGAAGCUAAGAUUUUCACAUCUUCUUCUUGUUCAUCGCCACCGAAAAUUGCUUUGAGUUUAACACAUUGUCGAUCUGCUCCGUACAGAUCUUCUUCUUUAGCUUAUAGAUUUUGGGAGGCGCCUUUAGCCAGCCAUGGAACAAAUCAAGAAACAGAGAUAGAAAACAGAGUAUCUAAAGAAGAAAAACCCGAAUCAGAGAAAGAGUCUAUGUCUGAAAAUUCGAAUCAUGGAACCCAAAUGGAUUCGGAAACUGAAGAAAACCCAGAUUUUUGCAAAAAGAUUGAAGAGAAAAAUGGAAACAAUGAAGAAUCGAAAACAGAGGAAAUGGGGAACGUACGGCCUCUAAUUCUGACAAGGUGUGUAAAUCAGAACCGGCAAGAACAGCUUAGGUGCCCGACUCCAUCCUCAAAUGAGUUUCUGGAAGAAGAGAACGUUGGGCGCUCUUCGUCUUCUACUGAAUCUCAAAAUGCUCUUCGUCUUCUACUGAAUCUCAAAAUGCUCAAAUACUUGACAGUGACCAACAAGAAUCCCAAUAGCCCCAUUAGUCCCGGUCGAUCAUCGAAUUAG